AUGGCCGGCGGCGAGAAUGAUGCUAGCAUUCCCGAGAGCGAGAAAGUUAGGAUUGCUUCGGACUUCCUACUUCAUUCUCCCCCAGGAGAAUUUAAUGAUGCAUUUAAUUCCGUUCGAAUGCUUCUCAACAACGAUUCGCUUCUGAAGGAAGGAUGCGCGCCUGCAUUCGCCCAAUAUAACAAGGAACAAUUUGUACCAGUUAAGCUGGAUGGUGUUGAAAGACAAACGUUAGUCACCCCUUUUAACGAUUUGGGAAACGGUCGUUUUACUGACGAUGCUACAAAGAAAUCUUUCCGUUACGAUCAUUUGCGCAAGGAAGCCAGUGAUGUUCAAUCUCUCGAGCCACUUGAGCACACUGUUGAACUGUGGAGAAAAUCUUUGCAAACAGAGUUGGACGCGUACGUUGAAGAUCACUUUGCUCGCGCAGGUGUUGGAUGCGUCUUUGCGCGUAAUGGCAACAUCAUUAUCUGCAUUGAAAGCCAUCAAUUUCAGCCAAAAAAUUUCUGUAACGGUCGCUGGCGUUCCCAUUGGUUCAUCCCAGUUGGUGAUGGAAAAUCUGGGUUCCAAGAAUUGAAAGGACACGUGAAAGUACAAGUACAUUAUUACGAAGAUGGGAAUGUUCAACUAUUCUCCGACAAGGAAUUCUCAGUUAAAGUUCAAGUCACGGCUGAUUUCGACAAGACAGCGCGAGAUGUUUUGGCGGCUAUAUCAAAAGAAGAAGCAGCCUACCAGCAAGCUGUCUUGGACAACUACGUAGCUAUGGGUGACACGACUUUUAAGGCUUUGAGAAGACAAUUGCCCGUUACUCGAUCAAAGAUGGAUUGGGUGAAGAUCCCCGGAUACCGUAUUGGUCAAGAUAUGAAGCAG